CGCCAACAUCGGCGACAAUUGCGAACACCCACCGGAAGCAGCGUUCGCCGUCGUAACGGGCACUCCACUCCCUACCUUCGGAGCUAUGGACCAGCAUGGAUUGGAGUUGGCCCCCUCGGAAGUCCAAGGCCUUGAGGUUGUUCCAGGCCAAAAUAUCCAUGGGUAUCCCGAGGACAAAGCAGACGAGCCGCUGGCGUCUUCAACAGCGAAGGGAUCUCGCAAGCGGCUAUUAUGGAUAGUCGGCGGCAUCAUACUUGUCCUAGUCAUUGUGGGCGCCGUCGUUGGUGGAGUCGUAGGAAGCAGAGCAUCUAGAAGCAGUGCCUCCAAAGGCAUCACACCGCCAUCACCGUCGCCGUCACCGCCGUCACCGAGCGAGUCCUCGACUCCCAAGACCAAUACGACGCUAAAAUCGAUUCAGCUAAACUCCAGACUCGCUGUGACAGGCUAUCGUGGCAACAGCGACUUCCAAGCACGUCUCUUCUACCAAGGCCCUGAUAAUGUGCUGCGCUACUCUGACUUCAACAGCACCAGGAAUGUUUGGACAUCCUCCGCACUGCUGGGUAAUCUGGCGCCGAUGGCCAAGACGCCUAUAGCAGCCACGACCUGGUUGUCCACCUCACCGCCCCAGAUGAACCUUUACUUUGUCGACCAGACCUCGCUGCUGCGCGGACAGCGGUUCCAGGACAGCGUUACGCCAGCAAAGGGUUUGUCGGCGGACAUCUACGCCUAUCCGAUGGAAAUCGACACCUCAUCCCGGCUCGCGGGGUACCAUCCACAUCUAGUCUCCCAGGACAAAAACGGCAAGCUGCGGUGGCUGCAUUGGACGGCUCCUGACAACUGGGACAAUCGCACGUUUGACGGUGGCGACGCUAUAGGUUCGCCCAGCUCCGGGUUAGCGGCGUUGCCGGCGGCCGUCUCAAAUUUCACUGCUGGGUCGUUCUUGUUUCGCAAUGCGGCAGGGGAGAUGACUAGUUUCGUUGGGAGCACAAAUGGGGUCCUACGAGACGAAUGGGCGUGGGCACAAGGAGGACAGGUCUCUACGCGUAUUCCGGCAGACACAGCCAUCGGCGCCUUCGUGUAUGCCCGAAGCGAAAACCUGGUCAACACCUACACUCUAUACCAAGACGACAAAGGUGUGCUGCAGGUCGUAUGGCAGAAUGACGCAUCUGGCUGGCAAGGACCACAGACAUUCCCCGCCCUAGCAGAUGCAGACAAGGGCACAGAUAUCGCCUGCUUGAUCCAGGCUACUUGGGACUACACAAGCGUAGCGCUCAGCGCAGCGACAGAUAUGAACCGAUGCUACUUCCAGAGCGGCGGCAAGGUCAAGGAGGUGUGGUUUGACGGUAAGAACUGGCAGGACUUAGGAUAUCUUCCUAUUGAAUGAUGGGUAGAAUGUGUGGAGUGCGUUCGAGACCGACUUCGGUUAGAAACGUUAGGCACGGAGCGAGCGAGGUCAGAGGGACGCAGAUGAAUGGGAUGGAUAGG